GUCCCUGCGUCCUAUGCUCCGCCACAGAUUCAGAUUUCUUCAUUAGGGUUCGAAGACAAAAUCCUACCAGCUCUUGGACUCAAUCUGAAUAGAUUUCUUCAGAUUUCUAUUCAUGAAGGACAUUAUAAAUACUCCUUAUACGGAACCUUUAUACGAUUUUCACCAUCCAUCGCCAAGACCCAGGCUUCACCUUCCUCCUAAUUUAAUAGGUUACAAAAGAAGAUUUUUUAUUCCUUAAGGAGUCAGUAAAUGAGAUGUCCAAAGUGGUGACCAAUCUUCAUGAGAUAGUAAUGCAGAGUCAUUCUACAAGCCGUCAACACAUAGGUACACCUAAGAAAAGCUCAGUACAUGAUGAUAAGUAUAUGGUGCAAAGUAGUUGCAGGCAAUUGUUUGUUCCUCGUGCAAGAGCAAAGUCAACAGAUUGUUAUAUUAACUAUAAUCGGAUGAGCACCCCGUUGUAUGAUGGGAGGUCAAAAGGGAUAAGCAUACCCGAAUGGAUACUGAUUCUUUUCAGGCCUCCGACAAGGAUGAUUUUAAAUGAGGUGGAAGCUGGAAUUGUUGCACAUGUUUUUGGCCGCAAUAAAGAUUUUGAUAGAUAUUUGUACCUAUUAAUGAUGGAAAGUUUCACUGGUUUCUCCUCGUCAUUGAUAUUAUAAGAAAAGAGCUAACUUUGUUAGAUUCUUUAAAAAGCCCAUUGACAUUCGACGAAAGGAAGAGGAUUGUACGCUUACUGGCAAUAUUUAUGGAACAAAUGUUGGAGGAUAAAUCUUUUUACCACCUGGCACCGAGAAACCAAAAGUAUCAGACUUUGCUAUUGUGGAGCCAAAAAGUAUAGGUCAACAAGCACCAGGCUCAAAUGAUUGUGGAAUUUGGGUGGCAACUUGGAUGAACGAAUGUAUAUGGGAUGAAGCAUAUAACAUACAGGUAACAGGUCAACACAGAAACCAGGAUGCGCCUUGCAAUAGAUUUGGUCAAUCAUCCGUACAAGAAGAAGAAUGAUGAAGUAAUAGCACUUUUAAUGCGGAAUUGGGAGAGUCUAGAUAGAGAAAACAAGAAGCUUGUGAAAAUCACAGUAUAGUGAACUUCAUAUUAGUAGUUUUAUUGCUUUGUUUUCCAUUGAGCAAUCAUAAACUUAGUUAUUUUUU